UCGGGUACUGUUCACUUUUCCUCUCCAGCUGGGCUCCCGAGUUACUGUGCUCUCCGGUCAGUCUUCGAGCGAUUUCGGGAGAUCCAACCGUUCGUUGGGGCUGAUUUUUGGAGGAUAGCUCCGUCUUUCCUUCCUCUUCAGCUCCACCGAAGCUUUUCUUCUGGAUUGGCCUGUUCGGGUAAUUACGCUCGGUUCGUUUUAGGGUUUUCUGGGUUUGGUCAUUUCUGGUUCGGCUACACUGUAGCUGCUUUGUUCCAUGGCUACGCCCGCAACAUUUGAACGCCAGUCAGGCCCUUCAGAGGUCCAACAACCUGCCACCAGUCAGGCUCCUUCGAAUGCUGAGGGUGGAGGUCAGAUGGGUGCUGGCAAAGCCCAUCAAAGUUUGGAUGGUGGACGAGGACGAAGCCGAAAUGCUGUGAGCAUAGGCAACUCCGAAGCUCAGGCGGCCUCUGUCGAGGCCCAUCAAGCUGCCGCUGGGCGAAGGGGUCGAAGGGGUCGAAGCCGGCGCAGGGCCUCGGCCUUUCCUCCUCAGCCCCGUGCCCAGCAACCUAGUGGGUCGAAACCCCCUCCUACUCGUUCUUGGGCCAAUGUCGCCGAGGUGGAUGCGAAGUGGUAUGAUCUUACCUAUACCCCCCCCAACUUUUAUUGAUGGUAAGCCUGUGGUAUAUCUUUCCGAAGAUGAUAUUUUACCCAACCCGAAAUUGCACGAGUGCAUACUCGGGUAUUAUGUGGACAAGAAACUGCCCUUCAAGUUAACUGAAACAGCUUUAAAACACGCCUGGGGUCACCACCUUGCUGAUGUUAUGGCUACUGAUCGAUUUUAUUUAUUCCACGUACCGGACCUUGAUUUCCGUAGGAAGAUUCUCGAUGAGGGGCUAUUAACUGUGGCCAGGGUCCCUCUAAUCUUACAACAAUGGUGUCAUUUGCUGGAGAUGGAGUUGAGGAAGGACAAUCAUUCUUCUGUCCCGGUUUGGAUUAGGUUGAAGAAUAUUCCUUAUGAGCUGUGGUCUGCUCCAGGGAUAAGUGCGGUUGCUAGUGCGGUUGGUAAACCGUUGUACGUUGACCUUAGAACGGAACAAAUGAAGAUGAUAUCGUUUGCUAGGGUACGUGUAGAGAUCUCUACUAAGAGAGUUUGCUGUGACUCCGUGGACAUUGUUUUAAAUGGUGAAACCCGAACCGUUUCUGUUGAGUAUGAAUGGAGGCCAGUCUCAUGCCUGAGUUGUGGCACUUUUGGCCACAAAUGUCCGUCCCAAGCAAGCUCCGCUGGGCCCGUAGAGGCCCCCCAGCCUGUACCUGUUGGUAAUGCUCCCAAUGCACAGAUUUCUGCCUCUGCGCCCUUACCGGAAACGGCCCCGACUUUAGGUGACCCAAAGAAAGGCCGGAACCAAGCUCGGCCCAUAAAGAAGAAACCCUCUUCGAGGCUAAAGGAAGCAGGCUAUGCUCCUAAGUCCUCUGCUGCCUCGGUGAAGAUUGGAGAAGCUGCUCCUAGUGCUAUGCAGCCUCUGGUGCCUAGUACGGAACAGACUGUGUUGGCUCCGUCCUCCUUCGCUAGUGUAGCUCGUCGUGAGGACCAUGUUUAUGAUACUCUAGACCCUUCAUCUAGUUUGGGUAAAGAUUCUAAUGAAAAUGCUAGUAAGGAGAGCAGCUCGAGUGAGGAGGAUCAAGUCCUGGAUGGAACCCCUGCUACUCAGGAUGCCUUCUUAAUGGAGGUUAAUCGUGCAGCCCAAAAGCUGGCUUCCCAACAUGCUGAACCCUUGUUGAAUCCUAGUCCAGAUCCAGCCCCCUCUGCUCCUAAGUCUUCUGCUCAGCCCAAGUCGGCACCCAAUCGGCGGCGGGGGGCCAAGUGGUGAUGAUCCAUGGAAGGCUCAAGUUUCUAAGCUCGGACUCGGUUUUUUGCCUCUCGGUAAUAUAUGCGGAGCAUACCUUCAUUUCCCAUUGUCUGGUGCGGGCGGAGCUUAUUCAUUUGGAGCAGCUUGCUCGCACCGUGGUAUCAAUUCAAUUUUUGGCUCAUUGUCAAGAACCGGCUACCUACUCAAGUGCUCUUACCAUCCUAUGGUAGGAUUGUGGAUGUAUCAUGUGCUUUCUAUAAUAUCAAACUCGAUUCCAUUGACCACUUGUUUUUUGGGUGUCAUAUUCUGGCCGGCCUUGCUAUGUUUUGGGCUGCUAGAUGCAACCUUUGAUGGUAUAAUAGGUCUUGGUCGGACAAUCUUUUGUGGGCUAUUAAAUGUCUUUCCGGCGAUGAUUUCUACCAUCA